AAUUCAACUUUACUGAUCCCAAAGGGAAAUUAAAUGUUGUUGUGAGUCAUAUAGAUUUGGUUAAUGAUAACAUUACCCAAACCACGAAUUUCAGUAAUUACAUUCAAACUAAUCAAACUCAAUUUCUCAGAAAAUAAUCCUAAAUAAUAACUAAUUAAAAUGGAUUUUAAACACAGAAAUAGUCUAAUUAUGGUAAGGCUGAACAAUAUUACAAUAUCAUGAAAUAAGUGUCUUAUAUCUGUAUCAAUAAUGUUUUUGUUAGUUUUUCUGUUUUCAAUAUUUGGAAUACAUUCUUGUUUAAUCCAUAGUUUUCACAUCACAAUGCUUUUUAAUUUCUUUUUUUUAUUUCUAAGCAAUUAUGAGGAAUGGAGGUGAAACCAGAAACUGCUGCUGCGCAAGUGACUCAACAGGCUGUUGCUAGGUAACCAAAGAGCGAGAACAUUAUUUGAUUCCACCAACCUUGCUUAGCUAGAGAGAGGUUGAGUUGGCGUCAGCUGGGUCAACAGGCCCGUUUCCCCUUUUUCUGUUUUCGGACACAAUGUUUCCUUUUGACCUGUGGUCCUCGCACCCUGCUGUGCCAGUCCAUUGGCUCCCCAGUGUGGAUUUCAGCCUUGGUGACAUAUUACCAGCUGAACUGUCUCCAAUAGCCAUCAGCUAAGCCGAGCAGCGUUCAGCCGUAAAGUUUGUUUUUAUUCAAACUUCAGCAGUUUUCUAGUUGUUCUGCUGAGGCAGUGACAUCAAUGUGUGACAUCACGCAAAUUGAUGUCACAAAGAGCGAUGCACACUUUGUGGAGCUAGAGGGCAUCACAGAGCUGCACGCUUGAAUUCUACGGUCAUAACCAUUGAAGAAGAGAGACAGAGAGCACGUAGUAGUAUCCUAACAAGAGAUUGAAAAUGAAAGCUUUUCGAGAUAAAGAGGCAAAUUCUAACACACAAGUAAAGAAAAUCAUUGAGAAGUUUUUGGAUUUGUCCAGAGAAACGGGAUCAACAAUGAGUCGCAGCAGUAAGACAUCAUCUUGUGAUUCUGGGAAGGAAAAAGUACAACAGACAUUAGCUGAAGAGACACAGAAGCCCCAUGGAAUAUUGAACGAAGUUGGCAUGAUGUCCAUUGUAAAACAGUCUCUGAUUGAAAGAAAUGAGGAGCUGAAGAUGCAAGUUCUGAACAUAGAACAAGCUACAUUUGAAAAAGACAAGCUUCAAGACAAAGACGAGGAAUUAAACAAACUGUUGCACGUAAACAAAACGUUAAAGGAGAACAACACCACCCUGGAGCAGAAUACCACUGCCUUGGAGAACAAAAGCACCUCCCUGAAGCAGAGAAUCAAUGCCCUGGAGAAGGAAAAAAACACCCUGCAGCAGGAAAAAACUGCCCUAGGGCAGAAAAGCACCGCUCUUCAGCAGAGAAACAAUGUCCUGGAGAAAGAAAAAAAUACGCUGGAGCAGGAAAAAACUGCCCUAGGGCAGAAAAGCACCGCUCUGGAACAGAGAAUUAACACCCUGGAGAAAGAAAAAAGUACCCUGGAGAAGGAAAAAACUGCUCUAGGGAAUAAAAACACGACUCUGGAACAUAUAAACCAUGCCCUGGAAAGGGAAAGAAAUACCCUGGAGAUGGAAAACACCAUUUUCGAUGAGAUAAACACCGUCUUGGAGCAGAAAAGAGCCUCCUUGGAGGAGAAAAGCAACUUCUUGGAACAGAUAAACACCGCCCUGACGCUGAGAAGCACCUCUCUGGAGCAGAAAUGUUCUAUCUUGGAGAAUAUCAACACCGCCUUGGAGCAGGAAAACGAGAUCCUGGAGCAGAAAAAUACUGACUUAAAGAAUAUGAACACCGACCUGCAGCUUAAACUGGAGCAGCUGAACCAGAAAACCAGCGAAAACAUCAAAUCAGUUUCAGAUCAGCUACAGAAGCAGCCUAUAUUCAGACGUGUCAUCACUGGCGUUUCCAAUACCUUCCUGAAAAUGUACCAAACAGGUACUAUCAGGUACUGGGUUGACACUUGGUACUGCUAAAUAAAGAAGUGUGAUGAGGGCUCCAAGCUUCAUGCUUGAGUAUCUGUGGCAGAAAGACUAGAGGACAACAGAACUACCGUGUCAGGGGAGCUUGACACUUGGGGACUUAUGGUGGAAAAGCUUAACGCUUGAAAGAUGUUGACAGGAGAGCUUGAGGCCCGCAGGACUGCGGUGCCAUGGGAACUUGAGGCCAUCGAACACAGGCGUCAGAUGAAGAGCUUGGUCUGCUGACCCCAAGCUCCUCCCGGCCUGCCUCCAGGGCUUCGUAGCGAGUCCUGUUGGUCUCCAG